AUGACGUACAGCGAACGGUUAGGACCGACAACUUCAUCGUCCACAUCAUCAACGCAAAUAGACAACCGAGUGGUUAUGCACACAGUUGUUCCAUUACCUGAAUGCCCACAUUUAACUGAGAUUAGAGAACUUCCUGCUGAAGGUGUUGAUGCAUUAGCAUGUUGUUCAGAAUGCCAUUCCAAUGUAGAACAGUGGAUUUGCCUGACUUGCUACUCGGUUAACUGUGGUCGUUACAUUGCUGGUCAUGCAGUGCAUCAUCAGAUGCGUACUGGUCAUUCGAUGGUACUGAGUUUAACCGAUCUUUCGGUAUGGUGUUAUCCUUGUGAGUCAUACGUUCACAAUGAAGUACUAAUUCCUGUAAAGAGUGCAGCACAUCAAUCCAAAUUCGGUGUUCCUCUUCCAGAACAAGGAAGAUCAGAAUCUGAGAAUCCUGGCAAUUAA